AUGCCGUUCCCACCCCCCAGUGACGAUGAAUCCGCUGAAAGCUCUCCGCUCCUCCGCCCCCGUUCCUCAGCCACAAAUAGCUCAACCCUAAGCCCGUCGCCUUCCCCUUCCUCUCGCUCCUCCUCCCCGGCCCGUCGCGCCGCCCGCUCCCGCGCCCGACUACGCCUCCUCACCUCCGCCCUGACCGCGCUCCUCUCCGCCCUCUGCGCCGGCUCCGUCACGGCCUUCUCUCUAUACGCGCCCAUCCUCCAGGCCCGUCUGCGUUACUCGCAGUUCGAGGUCAAUGGCCUGGCUUCGGCCGCGUCCGUCGCCAUGUACGCGCCGGUACCGCUGCUGGGGUACCUGUGUGAUCGGGCCGGGCCGGCGCCGUUGGCGUUGCUGGCAGCGGUGACAUUUGGGGGUGGAUAUGCGGGGGCGGCCGGAGCGUACGUGAGGGCAAGAGGGGUUGUGGAGGGAAAUGGGGGUCUGGGAGGAGGAGGAGGGGCCGGUGUCGCAGCAGAGUGGUAUGUGUUGAUGGUGCUGGCGUUUGUGGCGAUUGGUGUUGGUACCUGCUGCAUGUACAUGAGCUCCGUCGCGACGUGUGCGAAGAACUUUGGCAAAGGCAAGCACCGUGGUUUAGCGGUUGCCGUGCCCAUUGCAGCUUUUGGGUUGAGCGGCAUGUGGAUGAGCCAGGUGGGCAGCCAUUUUCUUCUAAACCACGAGCCUGGUGCGGAAGAUGGUGAGGUAGACGUGUUUAAGUUCUUUGUGUUCUUAGCCGUGUUGUUGGUUGUGGUUGGCGUUCUGGGUUGCUUUGGGCUCCGGAUCGUGGACGAGAAGGACUUGAUCGAGGAAGCCGUCGAAGAGCUGGAGCGUAGCGGGAUCCUGGACGGUAGCGCCAUGUUUACCCCAGGGAGGACCGAGAGCCAGUACGGAACCCUGGAGAGGGACGACCCAUUUGACGAGCUGGAAGAUGCCGUCAAGGAUUCCGAGGAAGAGGAAGCCCGCUUGAAGAAGCGAACCGUGCUCAACGCCGAGACCCGCCGUUUCCUCACCGACCACACCAUGUGGUGCCUUGCCCUCGGCUUCUUCUUCAUGAUCGGCCCUGGCGAGGCCUUCAUGAACAACAUGGGUACCGUCAUCAAGACUCUCUACCCCCCCACUCUCCACUACGAAGGAAAACCCACCUCUCCGGCCACGCACGUCUCUAUCGUUGCCAUCACCAGCACUGCCGCCCGCCUCCUCACCGGCUCGCUCACGGACCUCCUAGCGCCUAGUCCCAAGGCCCGCCACGUCCAAAUCACCCGAGCCGCCGUCACCGGCCACCCGCUUCCCUCUCAACGUUUCUCCGUCUCCCGCGUCUCUUUCCUCCUCCUCUUCGCUCUGAUCCUCUCUCUUGGCCUAGCUGGCCUAGCCUCUGGCUUUGCGCAAGACCACGGCGACCGCUUUUGGUUAAUCUCUGGGCUCGUCGGAGCCGGCUACGGCGCCGUGUUCAGUUUAACGCCAAUCAUCAUCACCGUCAUCUGGGGCGUCGAGAACUUUGCCACCAACUGGGGAAUCGUCGCCAUGUUCCCCGCGCUGGGCGCCACGCUGUGGGGGGUGGUCUACUCGGCUGUGUACCAGGCCGGCGUGGAGAAGACUCGGGGCGGCGGCCCGGGCAGUCCCGGCGGGGCUGAGAACGAGGAAGAUAAUCUAUGUUACGGACAAGAGUGCUAUGCGCCCGCAUUCUGGGCUAUGGCGGCUAGUGUGUGGGUGGCAGGCGGGCUGGUGUUGUUUGCGUGGAAGGGUAGGAAUGGAUGGUCGCAACGGGGAAUUGUGGUUUAA